AUGUCGAUACGCAUUAGUCAGAAGCUGACGCCAGCUGAAAAUGGAACAGGUGCUGGCGACAGACCUCCACCACCGACAUCCGUCGUAAGCACGAACGUGGAACGUGGAAAGAUUCAACCCAUCAUGAGAUACGUCGAUAUGUCGCGUCGCGAUACUUUCUCUGCUCCGUCUUUCCGCGUAUUUGGAAGCUCAUUGCCGAUUACCCGGAGAUUAUUCCUUAACCCGUCAAGGAUUAAGGGAUACAGCGAGCUCUACUCUCUAUAUCGACUUAUCAUGGUAUCAAAAUGCUCUAUUUUAACGGCCACGGCCGGCACCUUGCUUACAUUAACCGCCGCUGGGCUGGUCUUGGAAGUUGUUGAUAUUGAGACGACUCCUAACGGCUUUACGAAUUCACCGAGAGGAUGGAACUCUUUUGGUAUACAGGCCAAUCCCGAUACCACGCCCGGCUUCUCAUUCAACCAGACUAGAGUGAUAAGCCAAUGUGACGUACUCGCAAAAACCACCGCGCUUAAAGACGCCGGGUAUGUAUAUUGUAGUCUCGACUCUGGAUGGUCUGUGGGCGGCAAUGGCGAUGAGUUCGGACGUAUCAUAUACGAUUCGUCAAUCUUCGAUAUCCCGAGCUUGGCUAGUCACUUACACGCGGAAGGGUUACUGCUCGGCGUUUACGUUGUGCCCGGAGCUUUCAUCGCCGACGAGGCGAAGGCGAUAUUUGGGACGAACGUCACUAUCGGCUCGGUAUGCUCCGGCGAUAAUGGCUUAGCUCGCUGUAACUUCGACUACUCCCAACCGGCAGUACAAGAAUGGCACAAUUCUGUUGAGUCAAUUUGCUUCUUGAAGCUGAUUAGGUACGUCAAUAAUCGAAGGGGGGUCGACUUCAUCAAGCUUGAUUUCAUAACACCAGGUUCGCCGGCAAAUGGCGUAAAUCUACCCCCUGAUUUGAGUGGCGAGGUUAUUGCGUAUCACCGAGCCAUUGCACAAUCGGGGCGAGAUAUGCGUCUGGACAUCUCGUGGAAGCUCGACCGUUCGCAGCAGUACUUCGACAUCUGGGAGGCGAACGCCGACUCCAUGUGCACUGACCAGGACAUCAAUAACGGCGGGGCGUCGACAUUUGUGUCCUGGGAAGUUGUCCAGCGGGCUAUCGACAACUACCGGCAGUACAUUACUAUCGUAAUGGCAUAUAAUACAACUCUGACCAUCUACCCUGAUAUGGAUAACCUUUUUGUAGGAAAUCCUGGCUCGGUGUCAGGCGUGACGGAUGAAGAACGCCAGACCAUCAUGACACACUGGCUCGGAGCUGGCGCUAAUCUUAUUGUCGGCUCUGACUUGACCAGCCUUGACAGUUUGGGGCUCAAUCUCUUGGCAAACCCAAGUGCCAUUGCAAUUGCAGAUUUUGCUGCCCAUCACACGAUGCAGCCCCGUAACCCAGGGACCGGCUUACCUACAGCUCAACAAUUGCAGGCGUGGAUCGCUGGCCCCGACGCGUCAGGAGCCGCCGUGGUAGUGAUUGCUAACUACGGCCCGGACGAAGGCCAAGGCGGUUUCGGAACUUCGCUGUCGGGAGUACAAACUAUUAGCGUGUCGUGGGAUGAUCUUGGAAUUAGUGGCACGUUUGAUGUCCACGACAUAUGGGCCGAUAAAGACCUAGGGGCUGAGAGUUCAAGCUUGACCGUACAGCUUGAGGAAGGGCAAAGUGUUUUAUACAAGCUGGCUCAAUCCUAAAAUAAAAUAAAAUAAAAUAACUUUCUUCGAAGAGAUGAAUUUAAAAGCACCAGGGCGAAGGGAAUAAGUGAGAUGAAUAA